AUGAGCAGAACGGAUGUGGAUUCGGCCAAAAUCGAUGAAAUUAAAUACUACCUUAAGAUAGGUCUAGUCGAUACAUAUCCGAACGUUCUUAUCGAGGGUGAAUCUUGUGAAUCUGUCGAUAAUGAUGAGUCGCAAUGGACGCCAGAUACGUGCACAACCAAUCCUCUUGGUGAACAGUCAUCGACAUGUGAAACUGAUAUACCAUUUGAACUCAGUGAAUGGCUUGUUUUUGAUUCAAGUUUUGAUCGUUACAGAUCCCCUCGUCUCCUCGAAUUUCUUCGUCUCCUUCUCAAUAAAACACAUUAUGCUUCUUAUGCAUCAUAUACAGAUCGAUCUAGUGGAAUGUUUGAGAUUCAUAAACCAAAUGAGGUUGCUACUCUAUGGGAAAAAGUUAAAUCUCGACAAUCAAAUCGAGCAAUGACUUAUGAUAAAUUUGCUCGCGCUAUUCGAUGGUAUUAUAAAUUGGGUGUAAUGGUUAAAACGAACGUUCGAUAUACGUUUCAAUUUGGACCAGGCAUGUCAAGGCUUGAUGAAAACAUGAAUCACAGUAACUGUUAA